AUGUCCGGCCGGAGCGCCUACGUGCGCAAGAAGAUCACACAAAACGAAAAGGAAAAGGCAAGAGCCAGGUCAAAUACUGGUGGCGUUGUGGGAGAACAUGACGACUUCUCCAUCCCCGAGUUCCCCUUGCCGCAGACGGGCGCGUCAUUGCCUGUCGGCACCGGCAUCGGUACGACCAACGCGCGUUUCCUCAAGUUCUCGGAACCACCCCGCGAUGUCAAGCCCGGUACCCCGAGCAUAGGGAGCGGCAGCGGGAGCAGCGAGGGCGGCCGACGCGAUGCGGCCUCCGGCCCGCUCGACGACUUCGCCUACGCCCGGGCUCGGAGACCCACCAUCAAGACGGAAGACGUGUCCGGCAUCGAGAGGUCGGGCCUCCGGAGCAGGCUGGACAAGAAAAGCGAGGACGUCAGGAGGGGGCUGGCCAAGACCUUCACCUUCAAGCGCAAGGACAAGGAACCCGAGUUCCGCCCCGAGUCCGUGGCCACCGUGCGGCCCGGCCAGCACCAGACCUCCGGCCCGAUAUCCCCGUCCGAGGAAUACACCUACGAACAGUUCAACGUCGAGUCCAUGCAGCAGAUGCAAAUGCAGAUGCAGAUGCAGAUGCAGAUGCAACAGAUGCAGCAGAUGCAACAAAUGCAACAGAUGCGCCACCAGGACGUCGACCUACCCACCUCACCACCACCCGCAUCCAAGCUGCCCCCCGUACCGACAACGCCGCCCAUCAAGCGGUGGAUCGGCGCCGGGAGGCCGGUCCAGAGAUGGAACAAGCUGCGCAAGGACCCCGAGCUCUGGGACCCCAACGGCGACGUCCUCGUCUUCUUCGGCCACAAGGGUCAGGCACCGCGCCCGAACCCGUCCUUCAGGCUGUCGUCACAUAUCAUCGAAGCGACCGAAUCGAGAUAUCUCAUCACGCUCCUCCGCGAGGGGACGACCGAGGAGGACAUUUACAUGCCGCCCUCGCCUCAGGGCGCCCCGCCCAUGCUGCGUCCGCACAUGCGCGGAGGCCAGCCGACACCGCCCAUCUCGGAAGACCUCGGCGAGGCCGACGGACAGAUCUCCUACGAGAUGUACUUCCCAACACCCGCCAACAUGACCAAGACGGAGCAGCUCCGAACCCACAUCACGACGAGAAACAUUUUCGCCCUGCUCUACCAUGCCUCCCUCGUCGGCCUGUCGCUCCACCAAGCCCUUUCCGACCUCCACAUGCGGCUGGACGCCUACAUGCCCCCGGACUCGGACAACGUCGGCAUGAUCCUGAACUACCUGUCCGCCCGCGGCAUCGACGACGUCCGCAACGACCCGGAGACGGCCGUGAGCUUGCUGGCGUGGUCCGAGGGUUCCGCCGUCCGGUGGGAGGAGGGGUGGCGCGAGAGCUUCCUGCACUGCGCCGGCAUGUACAGCCAGCUGGAGCAGUGCGCCGACUUCAAGGAACUCACCCCCAUCACCCGCGCCUUGCUGGAGCGGGCUUGUCUGGAAACCCAGCUCCGCGUCCAGGCGGCCGAGGAACGGCUAUCCGAGUUCCAGUACGGCGACAUGUGGCCGGCCGGCGUCGGUGGGCCGGCCAAGGCGGCGGCGGACCGGCUGCAAAAGUUCCUCAUGAACCACUACGUGCGGGCCCAGGGGUCGUGGCCCCCGGCGCAGACCGCGGGACUGCCUGACACGGAUGGCGAAGACAUCUGGCUGACGAGGAACGUGGCCCAGUCGCUACAAAGGGACUUUGGCGCGCUGUACGACUACCUCGUGAACCGCGACAUUGUCUGGGACAUGUCGGAGGCGCGGUCGGGACGCAAGUGGAUGAUGCAGAGCGAGAAGGACAAGGGCUUCGACGCCGACGUGGACAUCCCCAUGACGGAUAUGCUCGUCGAGUACGACAACAAGCUGCGCUUCCCGCACAUCCCACACCCGUACCCUCUGGUGCCUGAGUCGAUCCCCCCGGCGCCGACGGCCAAGGAGAACUCCAUGUUCAAGAAGAAGAACGGCGCAGCGGCGGCGGCAGCCAACAAUGGAGGCCGCGCCGGCGCGCUGGAACGGCGGGUGCAGCUGGCGUACACUGAGGCCACCAACAUUUACAUCCUGGGGUCGGACUUUAUGCAGUCGGACCUCAUCGACGCGUUUGUCAAGUUCGAGAAGAGCGACGGCAUCACCGAGGUGGACCCGGCCGUGGCCAGGCGGGGACGGUGGGUCCUGAUCUACGGCAUCCUGCAGACGCUGGCCAGCGUCUCGGUCGACGCGCCCAACGUGCGGUACCGCGACGACGUGCCGUACCACCUGUCCCCGCGCCUGAAGGGCACCAGGGUGCCACCCUGGAAGGGGUCGAGCGCGCACGACGAAGCCUCGCACGAGCUGUCGCACUGCUGGACGGCACCGCACUCGUGGAACACGCCGAACAACAGCGGGGCCGACAGCUCGGGCGGAUCGGGCGACGACAACAGCCCCGUCCACGGGCUCGCCCGUCCGCACGGGUACCCGCGCGGGCCGCCCUCGACAACCUCGCGGGGCUCGGGAUACCAAACGACGAUCGGCACCCGGUCGGUCUACUCGGCGGGGUCUGCGCCGCCCUUCGGCUCGGGGUACAGCGUCGUCAGCGAGAGCGACACGGCGAGCAGCGUGCGCACGCCGGCCUCGAGCCGGGCGGGAAGCAACAUGCGGCGAGUGCGGUCUCGGGACAACGUCAAGGGGGCGGCGGCGGUGGGCAGUGGGCCGGGCAGCAUGCGGAGCGCGGCGACGUUUGGGGGCACGGAGCGUGGCGGCGAGGGCAUGGAGUUGCCGGUUCGCCGGCGGGACGUUGGCGCGCACAACGACGCGAACAGCUCCCACGGAGGCUACGCGCGGUCCAACGCAUCGAACGCGGACCCGUCGCUGCCUCUCCCGGGUGGCAUCACGGGAUCGGGAGGGUUCCUUGCGCUCGACGACAUGGUGGAGAGGCGGAGCGCACGGAGCGGUCACGGUCGACGGAUGCGGGAAGGAGCCGGCUCCGAGGCGGACAGUACAGCGCCGCGAAUCCGGGACUUUGACCUGGAUGUCAUCGACGACCACGAGCCCUGA